UGCUUCCUAAUCUAUAAAGUUAAUCCAGAUAUGGUCUACAAAGUCCUUAUUGCGGUUGCCUUUUUAAAAAAAGAUGAAGUAAUAGAAUAUAUUUCAUUUUUACAAGAUUGGUAUAUUCUUACUUAAGUCUCAUGAGAGGUUGUCUGGAGAAUCAAUCUAAUAUCCUUCAGCUAUUUUACAUUUGAACUCCAUCAGCCAGAAUGGACAGUGGCAAAAAAUUGCAGAAAUUGAAGAUCAAAAUAUCUAGAGGACAUGAGACUUUCAUCCUGAAGGCUGUGCUGACUUACAUAACAAGUGAAUUUGGUGUGUAUUUGUAAUUUUUAGGAAUAUUUUACUAACCCAUUAAGACCACAGGAUCCCUUCAGCAAGAAGUGCUGGUUACUCAUGUAACUAAUUUGAAAGGAAUAUGAUAGAUAUAAAUCCAUUAAAAAAUUAAACUGAUUUGGCUGCAUUACUGAAAUUUAAGUUUCAAAAUGAAGAAUACGCUUAAGGACUUCUAAAGCAUAUUUUCAUUUUCUGAGGUUUGGGUUAGAAAGAGACGGUUUCGUUUGCACUUUUCCAAUUACUAUAUCAAGCUUUUAUUAAAUGUGUUACAACUUUAGUUUGUUUAAAAUUAUCUUAGAGCUAGAGAAAGGAAUUUGACCCUGAGCUGGGAGCUCUUUUCCCAGAGAAUGCAGUCUCAUGUCAGCAAUUUUUCUGCAAAUAAGAAAAGAUAACAAGGCAGAGAGAGCAAUAUGGAAUAUAGACUUAUCUAUGGGUGAGGCUGAAUGAUAAAUAUUAACAAGGAAGCAAUCAGAAAGUUGUUUCACUUGUUACUGCUGUACAUAGUCUCACAUUUUAUUUGAACGAAUUAAGGUGAGGUACAGAGAGUUUUUCAAAGAGCUAAAGGUUAUUACCCCAUGUCGAAAACUCAUCUUAUGUGCUGACAACCGAAAAGAAAUGGAAGACUGGAUUGCUGCACUAAAAACUGUACAGAAUCGUGAACAUUUUGAGUCUACCCAGUACAGUAUGGACCAUUUUUCAGGAAUGCAUAACUGGUAUGCUUGCUCACAUGCACGUCCAACAUACUGCAAUGUAUGUCGAGAGGCAUUAUCUGGGGUCACAUCUCAUGGACUCUCUUGUGAAGUGUGCAAAUUUAAGGCUCAUAAGAGAUGUGCUGUCCGGGCAACUAAUAACUGCAAGUGGACAACGCUGGCAUCCAUUGGGAAGGAUAUAAUUGAAGAGGAAGAUGGGAUUUCAAUGCCACAUCAGUGGCUGGAAGGAAACCUACCUGUGAGUGCCAAAUGUACAGUGUGUGAUAAAACAUGUGGCAGUGUCCUACGCUUGCAAGACUGGCGUUGUCUUUGGUGCAAAGCCAUGGUUCAUACCUCAUGCAGAGACCUAUUGCCAACAAAAUGCCCCCUUGGCCUUUGUAAAGUGUCUGUCAUCCCUCCCACAGCUCUAAACAGCAUUGAUUCUGAUGGUUUUUGGAAAGCCACUUGUCCCCCAUCUUGUACAAGCCCUUUGUUGGUCUUUGUCAAUUCAAAAAGUGGAGACAACCAGGGUGUAAAGUUCCUACGAAGAUUCAAACAGCUGUUAAAUCCCGCACAAGUCUUUGAUCUUAUGAAUGGAGGACCUCAUCUUGGUUUACGUUUAUUUCAGAAAUUCGACACUUUCCGAAUUCUGGUGUGUGGUGGGGAUGGAAGCGUUGGAUGGGUUCUCUCUGAAAUUGAUAGUCUCAGUCUCCAUAAACAGUGCCAGUUGGGAGUCUUGCCUUUAGGUACCGGCAACGACCUUGCACGUGUGUUAGGCUGGGGAUCUGCUUGUGAUGAUGAUACUCAGCUUCCUCAAAUAUUGGAAAAGCUGGAAAGGGCCAGUACCAAAAUGCUUGAUAGAUGGAGCAUUAUGGUUUACGAAACAAAGCUCCCUCGUCAAAUAUCAGCUACUACUGUUCUUGAAGAUUUUAGUGAAAGUUCUGAGGUACAGCAGAUACUUUUCUAUGAAGACUCUGUGGCUGCUCAUUUAUCCAAAAUUUUGACAUCUGACCAACAUUCGGUAGUCAUCUCAUCAGCCAAGGUGCUCUGUGAGACCGUGAAAGAUUUUGUAGCUCGAGUAGGGAAAGCAUACGAAAGAGCACCAGAAAGUUCAGACGAGUCAGAAGUCAUGGCCAGAAAGUGCUCUGUUUUGAAAGAGAAGCUGGACUCACUUUUGAAGACACUAAAUGAAGAAUCUCAAGCUUCAUCAUCUUUGCCAAAUCCACCUCCCACCAUUGCAGAAGAAACAGAAGAUGGUGAUGGUUCUGGCAUUGCUUGUGAUACUUCUACUGAACUGUCAGCAGGGUCAUCCUGUAUUGCUCGUACUCAGAUAUUUAGACCACGCGAACAGCUAAUGCUGAGAGCCAACAGUCUAAAAAAAGCCAUUCGUCAAAUUAUUGAGCAUGCAGAAAAAGCUGUUGAUGAACAAAAUGCUCAAACCCAAGAACAGGCAAACUUUCUUCUGGGAUUUUCAACUGCUGAAGAAGGAAAGGAUCUAAGGAAUGAGAACAAAAUCAAUUUACAGUCUUCACACAUUGGCAGCUAUGGAUUUCCAAAAGGGAGAAGCCAUCGGAAAGUAAUCAAGUCUCCUUGUGAAAGACUAAUAAGUAAAGGAAGUAUAUCAGUAGGAAGCUCUGCCUCUCUUCCUCCACAAGCAGGAAACCGGGACAGCUUGCCAAUGUUGAAUGCAAAGAUCCUGUACCCCCAUAUCCGUGCUGGGACAUCUGGUUCUCUACCAGGAGGUUCUGUCAUCAGCCGGUUAUUGAUCAACGCAGAUCCAUUUAAUCCUGAGCCAGAAAAUCUUGAUUGCUACAUAGAGAAAUGUGUCAUGAAUAAUUAUUUUGGAAUUGGCUUGGAUGCAAAGAUUUCUUUGGAUUUCAACAACAAGCGUGAUGAACAUCCAGAGAAAUGCAGAAGUCGUACAAAAAAUAUGAUGUGGUAUGGAGUUCUUGGGACAAAGGAGCUGCUUCACAGAACUUACAAAAACUUAGAACAGAAGGUUUUGUUAGAGUGUGAUGGGCGUCCUAUCCCUUUGCCCAGUCUUCAAGGAAUUGCUGUCCUCAACAUCCCCAGCUAUGCAGGAGGCACAAACUUCUGGGGAGGAACUAAAGAAGAUGAUACUUUUACAGCUCCAUCUUUUGAUGAUAAGAUCCUAGAAGUGGUUGCAGUAUUUGGAAGUAUGCAGAUGGCUGUCUCUCGUGUAAUUAAUCUUCAGCAUCAUCGGAUAGCCCAGUGCCGAACUGUGAAGAUUGCAAUCCUGGGAGAUGAGGGAGUCCCUGUGCAAGUUGAUGGAGAGGCUUGGAUUCAGCCCCCGGGAUAUAUUUGGAUUGUUCAUAAAAACAGGGCACAAACAUUAACCAGAGAUAGAGCAUUUGAGAAUACCCUAAAGUCUUGGGAAGACAAACAAAAGUGUGAGCUGCCCAGACCUGCCUCUUUCACACUGCAUCCUGAGAUUAUAUCUGAAGAAGAAUCAACUCAUAUUAAUCAGUUUUGCAGAGCAGCUGGAACUCUGAUUCACAGCAUUCGAGAAAUAGCCCAGGCAUUCCAGGAUUUGGAACAAGAACUUGCUCAUGCUGUCAAUGCUAGCUCCAAAUCUAUGGACAAAGUAUAUGCAAAAUCCAAAUCUACAGAGGGCCUGAAUUGCAACCUUGUAGUAGAAAUGGUAAAUAAUGUGAAAGCCUUGCACAAUGAAACAGAACUUCUUCUGGCUGGAAAAAUGGCCCUGCAGUUGGAUCCUCCCCAGAAAGAACAACUCCAAGCUGCAUUGACAGAUAUGGACUUUCACAUAAGGAAACUAGCAGAUAUUCCAUGGCUGUGGCAGCUCAUGGAGCCCAGUGAUGAAGAGAACCAAAUGCUGGAUUAUUCUAAACGCAGCCGAAGUGGCAAAUUUCGUCUGGUGAAAUUUAAAAAGGAUAAAAACAACAAGAAUAAGGAGACAAGCAGUAGCUUGGGAUUGCCGGUUCACCUCUGGGGAACAGAGGAGGUUGCAGCCUGGCUUGAACAUCUCAGUCUUUGUGAGUAUAAAGAUAUCUUCAUCCGGCAUGACGUCCGGGGCUCUGAGCUCCUACAUCUGGAACGGAGAGAUCUCAAGGAUCUAGGAGUAACCAAAGUUGGUCAUAUGAAGAGAAUAUUACAUGGGAUCAAGGAGCUGAGCAAGAAUAUUCCUGUCACCGAGGCUUAAAUGCUGUUUUUGGAGCCUGCUUCUACCAUUCCUUCUGAUCUCUGCACAAUUGAAAGCUGACAGGGCACAUAUGCUCAGGAGGUUGUCCCUAUGGAAUAGCUAAAUAGUAUCAGUGUUCAGAGCUCACAUCCAGCUUUUUAUGGUGCUACUAUUCUGAUGUGGCAUAGAGUGCAAGCUACUCUACAAGUCACACUUUGCUAGAUUAGGUGUUACUUGGCUUCCUCAGUCUCAGUGUCCUUUAUUCAAACUUGGAUACUCUUGAUACAAAGCAUCCUCACUUAUUCCUGUCAGUUAAGAUUGGUAAAUCUGCCUGUGGAUCUAUAAUUUUUUAGGGAGAGUUAAGUCACCAAAGUCAAUGCUAAAGACUUUAUGAUUUAAGAAUUGUGACAGGCAUUAAAAGUAAUGACAACACCUGUUUUUCAAGCAUGCACAAUAAUAAAGUUAGAUGUUGAGAAUGAAAAAAGGGCAUUUUAAAUCUACUAUUUAGGAAACUUUUUUAAAAAGUCACCAAUUAUACAAUUAAUACAUAGCCUUUGCAUUAAGUCUUAAAUUAGGAAGCGACUCUUGUUAUGCAUUUUCCUGACAGGUUUUUUGGUGCCAGAAAUGCAUAUAACUACUUGUCUAAAUCUGCCUUGUUCUUUUCUGGUUCUGCUGUGUAAUAUUCAUGGAUACUAAUAUUGUUUAAAAUAUCAGUUACUGGAGAAAUAUGGAAGAACCCAGAAAGAUAGCAGAAUAUGCUGAUUCUUAACAGUACUGUUGUUCAAUGCAUAUACACCAGAAAGUUAAUUCUCCAGUAUUUUUUUAAAAUUCUUGCUAUGAUUCUAAUGAAAACAUGUCACAGUCAAACAGAAAACAGCACUUUAUAGUUGUUGAUAAAUAUGGCAAUUUCUUCCAUUUCCCAUUGAACACCUCAGGGAGUAAAAUCAUUAUAUAAUUUUAGGAAAAAAUGCAGUAAAAAGGGAUGAAUUUCUAACUUUAACAGUAGAAGAAUUAUCAUGGUUGCUAUAUAUUUCUCUUAAAAAUCAUAUGAAAUCAGGAAUGCUUGACUAAAUUGUUCUUAUUCUGAACAGCCUAACUUUCUCUUUUGACAUAAUCUGGCAUUUCCCCACUUUUGAAUCUGUGCUUAAAUUGAGAGUCAUCAUUCUUUCAAUGUCUGCAUUUGCAGAGUUUUGUCAUAAUUUGAGCUCUCAUAAUAAUUUAGCUUUUAAACUUUUAUUAAAACAUCACAUCCCAAAAUAUUAAUUAGUAUGGAUAAUUUUCUAUCUUGGCCUCUUUUUUGUUGACUUGUUUAGUUAAAUCCCUUUCUACAUAAUGGAAGUCCUGAAUCCCAAAUUUCAUGAACAGUAUAGCUAUAUCAGACUGACACUAUGUGUUAUCUAUCUGCCUUAUAUGAUAUUUGGAGUAUCUAGUGUUGCUUAUUUCAAGCUGGGUUUUUUCCUAAGGAAGGAAGUAUUAAAAAGUGCCAUGAUAUACCGGAGCUUUCAAUUUGGCAAUUUAAAGUUUCUAUUUUAUUGUAUUUUUUAUUUUAUAAAAAAUCAUGAGGUAUUCUGUUUUGAGGGCAAAAAUACACUGUUGGAUUGCUCAAGAUAAUAUUUCUUGGCACGUCAUUAAAACAUGAACCUUAACAUUUGAAUUGGUCCAUUAAAUUUCAGAGAACUUGGUGGAAUAUUACAAAAAGUAUUUACCCUAGAAAGUGCCAAUGUCGGAAGUAACCGAUUGUAUUUUAAUAACAUACUGUGAAAUUUGAAAAACAUUAACAUUUCAAUUGUAAAUAAAAUCCCCUGGACUUACCACAAUGAACACAUUUUAUUGAUUUUAUUGAACAAUUAAAAAAACCACUAUAAAACAAAACAGAAAAAAGAGUAGGACAGGUAUAAUAAAUCAUUACCUCUGCAACACCCAAUCUGUUCUAAAUAAACUGUUCUCUUUGAAAUGGCUUUUGAUAUAAAAAUUGUAGUCUUGAUAAUGAUAUACAGGUUUCUGCUCUCCAAGAAUAAGAACAUUUUUCUUAGUGACCCAGGUUUUUUUUUUAGUUUUUAAAUAAAGAUCUAAAUAAAUGGCCCUUUCUGCAGAAUAUAGUUUGCAAUGAAACUCCUGUACUUACCAAAAGUUGUUCCAGGAAACCAUAUUGUUUAACAGUGAGGUUUUAAGGACAUAGCACAGACCGCAGAUGAAAGAAUUGUCCCUAUCCCUAUUUAUAUUUAUCAAAGGGAUUCCAUUAGCAGGGACAGUUAACUGGAUAAAAUCUAUUUGUGUUUGCUUUAAUCUGGUUAUAUUUUUUGCUCCUGAAAGACCACUUUUAAAUUAAUUACAAUUAUUUGUCAACUACAGCAAUGUGCAGUACACUUCCAUGCUUGGUUAUUUAAGAAAUAAAUUCUCGGUAUAUGCAUAGGAUUCCUGCAAAAUUGUCCAUUAAGUUUAAGUUGAGUGAAAUUAUUCACAUUUUUGGUAAUGGUUUCUCACAAAAUAAAAUCCCACUGAUUUUACUUCUCCAAUAGGAACUAAAAAGGCACAUGUUGCUGGUUGUCCCUUGAAAACCUCUAACACCUGUAUUAUUUUGAAAUUAUUUGAGUAUUAUUUAAAAGUGAAAAUAGUAUGAAUGGUAAAUUAAAGACUGUUUACACAAAACUCGUAUCUUAACAGAUAUUUGUGAUGUAAAAAAAAGAAGAAAGUUGUUUUUAUAAGUCGUGUGUGUUGUUAACUGUGAUAACUGUUCUACAGGGGAAAUAUAACUAUUGCAGUGAUCAGACAAAAGCAUAGGGAAACAUUUAAGUCCUGUACAGUCUGGGGAAGAAGGUAUUGUGCCUUAAGAAUAUAACAUGCUAUUUAUUAUUUAAUUUAUACUAUCAUUACCAUGAAAGCAUCUCUUGUUUGUACAUAUUUUGCAGUUGAUUGUUGUAAAUAUAAUGUUCUUGUAUAUAAAGAUAAUCUCUUUCUGAUCCUGCUGUAAAUAAUUGAUUUGUUGCUAUGGUAAUUAAACAAACAGUAUUUAAUAUGCCUUGUUAGUAGUGAGAGAAAUGCAAAUGUAUUAAGUAAAACUGACCUUAAAAUUAUAGAAAGAUCUUGGUAGUAUAACUAUAUUGAAUGGCAUCUGUAAUGCCCACCAAUGUAUGGGCAGAGGCAGAACCUAGAAAGAGAUAGAGAGAAACGGCCUGUGAAACCAUAGUUGUAGUCCUUAAUACUUUGUAUUUAUGAUAUGCAUUAUGAUUCUCUGUAAACAAAGAAUUUUGAAGCAUUUCAUUACAUGUGUAUCAAUUUUUCAUCUAAGAAAUUCAAGGAAUAUUUAUCCUUAAAAUCUACACAAAGUAGAUUAGCUUAAAGUUGGUAAAUGUAAUUUUAUAAUUUGCUUUAUUAUUGAGAUGAACACAAAGUAUUUUAAAAAUACAACAACAAACAAAGUAAAACAAACAAAAAAGUGUAAGCUUGGUUUUAAGAAGAAAAAUAAAGAUCCAUAACUAAC